AUGACAAGAUUCCUGAACACCUUGGCCAGCGUGUCUUCGCUGCUGGAACGGCUCAACGAGGCCACGCGCGACGAAGAUGCUGACGCCUUGAGAAAAGCCCUGAAGGGCGUCCAGAAGGUUGCCUGCGACUUCGAACUCAUUUAUCCGUCUUUGACCUGUCUGAUCAAGCACCCAAGUGCGAACCUGCAACGGACUUCCAGCGAUGGCUUUGAAAGGCACUCCAGUGCACCUCCCCUGCACCCUCUGACGGUACCCAAGGAAAAGCCGCUGCUGACGAGCCACUACCAGAGUUAUAUGGAGGCGGGCGUAAAUGCAAUGGAGGCAUUUGCGCUGAUGUCCGAUCCCGCAGCCAGCGCCUACUUUGACAAAGUGCUGGACUCCGGGAUUCUGCGCGGCCCUUGCUGCUGCAUGGCUGCCGAAAUCCUUGUCAAGCACAUCUGGUACACGGGGCUAGAGAUGAAGGUGUCGGACAUCAAGAUGAGCCCAGGCCUGCUCGCCAAACUGGCGAGCUACGCUUCCGGCAAGGCCGAGUGCCUCAAGGCGGUGACCAAGGGGGUGAGCCCGGAUGAGCUGCUGGCGCGGGUGACACUGGCCAAGACAGAGGUGCGCAAGGGGCUGCUGCGGCGCUACAUGCAGGCGCUUGAUGAGUCAGAGGGCCUCCAAGGCAUCACCACUCGCCUCUCCCAGCGCCUCGGCAUCGAUCUGGACGAGCUGCACUCGGACACUGCUCUGGACAUUCCCUGGCACGUGCGGCAGUACCUGCAGAAGUAUGAGCGCUGCACCGACGACCGCAAACUGCUCGCCAGCAUGGAAACCCAGGUCAUCGUCCUGCGCGCCAUCGGCGCGCAGGAACCAGAAAUGAAGGAGAAUUUGUCAGACAGCGCGCACAGCACCAUACCCAGCAGCAUGAAUCCCUUUCGGCUGGCCAACACCCUGGCGCCCACGGGCCAGAACAGCGACCGAAUCAAGGCCCACACCAAAUCGGCGCUGCUCAGAUACAACUCGUCCCCAUGUGCUUUUGGGGCAGAGGCAGACCGCGCGGCUGCGCGCAGAGACUUGCCCACCAUCACCGGCCAGCUGUCUGAGGGGAAGUAA